AUGGCGCCGAUCGCGUUCUCGCGCGUGCGCUGCCUGCUGGAGAACUAUCUGCGCUCGGACGAGCGGCACCGCCCCAGGACACUCCCACGCGAACGCUGGAGCGCCCCGCCCACAGGAGUUCGUGCGCCCGGGUUCCCCCGCCAACGCCGCGCUCAAGAAGUACGUCCCGUAGAGUGGGCUGGAGCCGCGACGCGGCGCCGCCAGCGGACCUCACCACUGCCCAGCUGCAUCACCCCUGUCACCACGACCAUCGCCCGACGUGAGAGGCUGGCCAACCGGACGCCUUGCGCUGUGGAUUCAAAGCUUCAGGUCUCCAUCAACGUGGCCUGUCCCAGAGGCUUGACGAACGCAGUGGGCGUCUACCAGUGCGAGAUCCGAACCUGGAUCCUUGAGCCAGGAUUUUUGCAUCGGCCUUCACCUUCGUUGACGGGCAUCCCUGGCCCACUUACAGACUGUGUUUGGCCUCUACAGCAAGACACGAAGAACAGCUACAGUCGAAGUGAGAACAAGACGAACCAAAACAAGUUCCUCAUGGUGAGGAUCCAGCUAAUGACGCCAAAUUUAACGACGAAUUUGAACGUGUGGGGUGGUGCUCAGGAGAAGAUAGAUUCAACAGCUGUAAACUUUAGUUAUUUUUUUGGCAACAGUAAUCAGAAGGUGUUGUGCUGUGACCAAAAUCUGUACCCCAGUGUCUAG